AUGAUGAUGAUCCCGUCCUGCGUCGCCGAGGCCGCCGUGCCCGGCCACCCGUGUUCGCACCCAGACCUCGAGCAGGACCUGGCUGUGGGCACCACGGACCCCGCUGUGCAGGCUGACGUGCUGGCCAGCUCUGCACCCCUCAGGAAUGACCCCGUCCUGCUGACACCAAGGAGCAAUGACAGGAGGAAGGGGCACCUCGUGGUCCAGCCCGGCACGGUGGCUGCCGCCUCGCUCGGGGCUGUCCCGGCUGCCACGGCUCCGUACGCCGGCCUUCCCGCCGCCGUCCUGCAGCGGCUGCAGGGCUGCCGGGCCGGCGACCUGCCCGCUGCCGAGCUCCUGGCGCUCGCCGAGGCCGCGCGGCGCCGCCGAGCGCUGCUGAGCCGCCCCCAGCUAUCCUGCCUGGCCAAACUGCUCGUGGCGCGGAACCUGACAGCCAACAGCACAGCCCUCCCACCCGACGUGCUGCUCUUCUUCAACUUGGCUGACGUGCACAACCAGAGCUGCAGAGCGUUUUACGCUCUGGCUUCUCAAGGCCGCCUCGACCUGCUGCCCAAGGGCUCGAGCCGAAGGACGCGGCUCCUGCACGGGGCACUCGCCUGCCUGGGCGUGCGCGGCCCCGGCCUGAGCCCGGAGCAGCUGGGCGCCCUCGGGGCGCUGGUGUGCGACAUGGAGCCGGCCACCAUCCCCGCCUCCCACGCCCGCGUGCUGGAGAACCUGAAGCUCUGCGCGGCGCUGUCCGGGGCGCAGCGAGCCGCCCUCAACGCCCUGCUCCUCAGAGGGGCCGCAGGAUACGGGCCUCCUUCCUCCUGGGAUUUAAGGAGUCUGCAAAGCCUGGGGACGCUCGUGCUGAGCUUGAACCAGACCCUUUGGGGCUCGGUGGCUGAGGAGGUGAGGAAGGCUUUCCGCAGGCGCAUCCUCGCCACGUACCGCGGCCAGGACGGGGCCCAGCGGGAGAGAUCCCUCGCCCUCCUCGGAGCCUUGGCGAGCGCGGAGCCUCCGCCGCGCCGCAGAGCCAAGCGCAGCGCGGAAGGCUGCCAGGGGAAGCCCAUCGACUCCAGCACCCUCUUCGACCCGUUCCUGACCCUCUACUACGACUCCAACGAGCAGUUCGAACUGUGCCUCACCGACGAGGCGCUGAGAAACAACCUGGCGCUGCUGCUGGACCAGCCGCUCACCAUGGACUUCCUGGGCAUCGUGAAGAGGCGGCUGGGCAAGCUUUACCCAGAGGGCAUCCCAGAGGAGCAGCUAAAGCAGCUUGGGCUGUUGGCCCGAUACUACACCGCAGAGGAGAUCAGCACGUGGAUGGUGACAUCUAGUGACACCCUCUUAGCCCUGUUCAACCCCCUGUUCGGCACGUGGAAAGCUCCCCAGGCCCGGCAGCUCGUCACCAGGUACCUGCAUCUCGGCGGCGCCUUAACCGGGCCCUUGCUGCAGACUAUCGGCGGCAGGAACCUGUGUAACCUGGACGAGGAGCACAUCAGCUGCAUAACUCCAGAAGCGAUCGGGUGUGCCGGUCCAUUAGACAUUUCUUCUUGUUCCCAAGCCAAGAAGAACCAACUCUACUCAAAAGCCCAGCAGGCCUUUGCAGGCCAGGCUGGCACCCCAGCAUAUUAUUCCCUGAUUCAACCAUACCUGGGUGGAGCUCCAGCAAAAGACCUGAAAGACCUGGCUAAAACUGGCAUUGCCAUGGACAUCGACACCUUUACUGCCCUAAAUCCUGAGGAACUGCAGAAACUCACUGUCAUGGAUGUGAAGAAUCUGCUCGGGAUCAACCUCCCUGAUCUGAAGCUAGUAGAAAACCUGCCUGCUGUGAUCAACUGGAUCAGGAGACAGGACCAGUGGGAGCUGGACCAUAUCCUGGGGAUCGGCCUGCAAGGGGGGAUUGUGAAGCCCAGCCCCACGAGCUCUGCCACCCUGGCUACCUUCACCCUCUCGGCCACCACUGUCCCCACAACAGCUGUCCUGGCCACCACCGCCCUCCCCACUGGCACCACCAUCAACAGCCACACUGCUCUGGGUUCCAGUAGCGGCACCCAUGCGUCCCCCACCCCAAGCACCAUCACCCCGACGCCGCCACACGCUCACAGCUCCCUCUCCAGCACUGGUGGGAGCCCCGCUAUCACCUCCAGGUUCACAACCCGACCUGCUCCAGUCCCUAGCUCCACCAGCCCGUGCUCUGUCCACCCGGCCACCACCUCAAUGACAACCAAGUCCCCAGCUAGUGCCCUCCUCACCACCAGCCCUACCGCUGUGCACCCCAGCCCCAUCUCAGCCAGCCUCCCUCCCCACCCUGCUCUCACUGGUGGCACCACCACUGCUCCAAGCACAGCUACAGACCCAUGGGCAGUCACCACCUACAAUACCAGUACCCCAGCGGUGCCCAUUAACCCUCCAGCACCUGGGGGUACCACCAACCCAGCCCCUUCUACCCUCAACACCACCACACCAAUGCCCGCUGUCACCACAGCCGCAAACAUCACUUCCCAAAACCCCACUCCGAUUCCCAGAACCUCUGUCUCCACUCAAAAAAGCGCCACCUCCUCAACCGUCAAGACGACGGCGUUGACUCACCAGACUGAAGCCUCUCCACCAUUUCUCAGCACCUCUUCCACCACAACCAGCAAUGAGACCACCAAGAAAAAACCCACCGAUGUGCCACAUCCACAGAACCAAACGCCUGUGGGAUACAUCAACCUGUCACCCGAGGCUGGCUCAGGGUCCAGGCUCUCCUCCUGCUCACUGCACAUAUUCACUGCCGCCCUGGGGAUGUCACUGCUGCAAGGGCUUCUCUGA